AUGACAGAGGACAACUAUCGGCCGCGUUCUCCUGAUUUCUCCUCUCCCUCUCAUCCUCCUCCCUCUCCCUUCUCCUACCGCAAUCCGAGCGUGUCGCAGCAGUACGUUCCACCAUUUCAGGACAUGGCCCGUCGCUCAACUCGUCUUGCCCAGCCUGAUAUCGCAAUGCCCGAAUAUAUGCCUGAACAGAUCACGGAACCCGUUCCUGAACCCGUCCCCGAGUACGUUCCAGAGCCUAUGGCGCCUGCGCCACUGAAGGAGGAAGAACUGGCUCCGGCUCCGGCUCCGGUGCCUUUAGGUGCGGGGAUCGAAGUCAAGACGAAGUUCCCAGUGGCGCGCAUUAAGCGCAUCAUGCAGGCGGAUGAGGACGUCGGAAAGGUUGCCCAAGUGACUCCAAUUGCUGUGUCCAAGGCCCUCGAACUCUUCAUGAUCUCCCUCGUCACCAAGGCCGCACAAGAAGCCAAGGAUCGCAACUCAAAGCGCGUCACCGCCUCACAUCUGAAACAUGCGGUCGCCAAGGACGAGGUACUCGAUUUUCUGGCCGACAUCAUCGCCAAGGUGCCGGAUCAACCAGCCGGCCGGAAACACGAAGAUGACGGAAGCGACCAGAACGAGGGACGUCGCAAGCGCGGAGGGCGGCGACCAAAGGAGGAGAGUGAUUGA